AAUUUCAUUCCAUAUAUUGCAUUCGAACAGUUCUCGAUUGAGAAGACACAAUUCAAUUAACGGUCGCUUUGUGUUUUGAGUGUGCGUGUUUUUUUUUAAGUUUUUUGUGCCAGCUUUGGAUUUGCUUUGAAAUAUUAAAUUGGAUAUCUUACCCCUUCGGUUCGUUUGUAAUUAGAAAAGAACAUGGGCAAAUCUACGGGGGUAUUUUUCGUCCUAACAUUUCUCUCGCUACAAAUUGUCAACUGUGAACCACCGGUGCUAAUAUUGGCGCCUAAUCUGAUUCAAGUGGUAACGUCGAGUACUCUGCAAUGGGCAGCGGUGUCACCGCGACACCCUCCUGACUUGCAAGACGCCGUAGUGGGAGCCUACCAAAACAUACGAGAUGAAAGCGAUGAAAACAGCGCAUCUGAUGGAAUUUCAAGCAAACCCGUCUACAUAUGCCGCGCCAAGCAGAGCGCAAUCUGGGUAUCCGGCCAACUGCGCCCGAAUAAUCUUCGCUGCGUCACGUCAUUACGAGGCACCGUCGAACAGUUCGAUCGCUAUGAAGUGCUAAUCAACACAGAGGGCUCUGCAAAUCUAACUUGGGUCUCGAGAGACAAAUACAGCUUAGACCCCCAAGGUGCGGUCACCGGUGGCGACGAACCGUUCCGAAACUUCAUAGCACGCCGAAAAGUAGUCAACCAUCACAAGGAGGGCUCCCUCACACAUCUCCUGGGAACAUUUGACCCAAAAGACAAUUUGGGAAGGUACACCUUAGUCGAUCAGAACAACAAGCAGCUCGAGUUCGAGGACGGCGAAAUAUUGGUCGAAACAGAACCGGUCGCGUACGAACUUGUACGCAUCAAGCUUGACUACAAUCGUAAGCGCGUCAAUCAGCAGCCUCUAGUGCUCGGACACGAAAUACUCAAAAACGAGUAUGACGAGUCUGUUGGAGUUGCCCGAGUUGAUGCAGUCAUGCCCUACAAGUUCAACUACACCUUGUACUGGGGACACGGCCAUGGUAUGCUAACUGGACUACCACUAGUAGUGCGUUCCCAUAACGGCACAAGCACCAACGGCAAGUGGGGGUUACCCGAGUCGAUGGAGAAAUUGUCCACAUAUCAAAUCGAAGGGUUCCUAGCACCUGGGACCGCCGUAAACGUAACGCUUCGAGGAAAUUACGGCGAGUGGGACACCCCCUACACUGCAACCGUCGUUUCGAUCUACCAAUACGGUGACAAAAUGGAAAGGCUAAUCAAAGACAGCCAGAGAGAACACACGAUGAGAGACGUCAUCCCCGAAUUUGGCCCAAUCUACUUCCUACACAACAACAGCUUCGUACCAACCACUACGACGACCACCACCACGACCACAACAACUCGAACUACCGUUACAUUUAAAACCACCACCACCACCGAAGAGGUUAUCCCAAUAACCCCACCCGAAGUGUACGACCAAGAAAUGAACAAGGUCGUAAACGUGGACGACAACAGCUUGGACAUGGAAAACAACAUCAUGAUUGCAGAUCAGGGCGGGGCGCAAUCUUUGAAAAACAAGGACGCCAAAGAAUCCGAUGGAAACUUCGCGAUAACCGCAAGGGGUAGUGCAAUCAUAUCGUUAUUGGGCAUAAUCUGUGCGCUUACGUUUACGUAAAAAUUGUGCGGUGCUUUUACGGUUCACUUCGGGGCUUGUAAUUAGUGUGUGUGAAGUAUGAGAUGAGUGUAUAUAUCGCAGCUUAAUUAUCCAAUCUUUUAGGUUAGUAAAAGUUUCCCAAAACCCACGAUUAGCAUUCCAAGUAUGAGUACUGAAAGGAAGUGUGUAAAUAACCAGUGUAAAUAUUAUGUUAGAAAGACGAAUAAGUGAUUAGGAAAAGGUGUACGGAGGGGUUUCUACGUCCAAUACUUCGCAUUUAAGUAUCAAAGCGUAUUUUUGCAAAUAUUUAAAGUGAAUCGCGCCACUGGUUACCGUGUGAUUUUGAAAGAUGAACGUGUACAAAAUUCUAGUUUUAUUUACGAUCGAGGUACUAUUAAUUUGUUUUGUUUUCCCAUUUAUUUAUGUUCCUUCGUUCUUAGUAUAGUAUAUUACUUUCUACCACUUGUAUGUACAAAUUUAACGCAAAGAAGAUGCAAUUUAUAUUUAUAAGUUUUUUGGAUAAAUAGAAUAGCGGUAAAAAUUAGGCAGUGUUAAGAGUAUAUUUUGGUAUAUGUGCAACGCGUAUAGGACUGUGCCUCUAGCAACAUGUUACACAUCUGAAGAGAUUUUGGCUUGACCAAUGCAAAAUGCUGCUUGCCAUACACGAUUAGGUAUCAAAAUGGUAAAUCAUAUCUAACUCAAUGCUAACCUGUUUGAACUCCUUGCUCUUUAAAUAUAUUCCACCGAGAAUAUGUACUCGAUAAAAAUGUUCUUCGACUGAUGUAAUGUAAAAAAAUCAUAAAUGUGUAUUCAUGUAAAUGUAGAUAUACCUAUAAAGUUAAAACAAGUAAA